AUGCAGAGUAAAACAUUCAUAACAUUGUCCUUUCUGAUUUUAACCAUUAUUUCAUCGGUUCAUGCUUGGAUUACCGUAGGUUUAUCCUAUGGAGUAUGCGAACUCACUUUUACUGAUGAUGCAAUCCACAUCAACGAGCACGACGCUCACUUUUAUACCAAUUCCACAAAGGUCAAGAGAAUAGAAUCCUAUAAUCAUACCUCAAAUGGAUUUGUACUUAAUGUCACUAUGUACGGGUGUCAAAAUAAUUGUGGUUGGUCAUUUGACCUAAAAGUAGAUAAUUCUACAAGGAAAGUUACGCCAGUUGCUAGUAAACAGCUUCUAUAUACCUGUGUGGACAACCCAACCACGUGGCGAGUUGAUCUGGAAGCCAAAGUUUUGAGUGUUGGAGAUACUCCUAACCCAGAUUAUCCUUUUUCUUUUAACCUAGCUAUGGAUUAUUGUAAAAAUAAUUACAACAUAGACAACAACACCGCAAUAACUGGCAAAGAUGUUAAAAAUAGUUAUAAUUGUCUCCGCUUUUAUUCUGAUAAAAUGUAUGAUCCUACAACUUUCUUUAAUUUUGAAAAUGAUGGGGCUCGAUGGCCAUUUCAGGGACAAAAACCUGCUGCUUUAUCUUUAGCUGCAACAGUAGAUAAUGCUUUUACCUUUUAUCAGAACCACUACCUAGGAUUAAAAUAUUCUUUUGGUAACAUGUCUGAAAAUAUUAUUAAUCACCUAACUGAUUUUG